ACUUUUCCCGGUUUCUCCAGCUCAAACAAGUCGACACGUUUGGAGUGAGGAUCUCCGCUGCGCAGUCUCGCUGCAAUAUGACUGUGGAUGAUUGUGUGUUAUACCAAGAACUCCGUCAAGCCUUGUGAAAACCGUGAACACACGUUCCUUCUACUCGUGAUUUGCAAGUGAAUAUGCUGAAUGUAAGGACAGAGGAAACCUGCGGCUGAAUAUCAGUAGAAGCUCACAGGUUUCGUUGGAGAAAGUGCUCGUUUUAUUCUAGUGGGAAAGAUAUAUUAAGGAUUCUGCAGUUACUUAUUCUGAGGACAAUAUGCCUCAGACGUCACCGCUGACAGGCAUGCUGGUCUCCAGUGGUUACAACCAGAACCAGAACCAGACCAAGGAAGAGGGACUGUAUUACCAUGACAACACCCUGGUGUCCGGCUCGCUCGAGGCCCUCAUCCACCACCUUGUCCCCAGCAUGGACUACUACCCUGACAGGACAUACAUCUUCACCUUCCUGCUCUCCUCUCGUCUGUUCAUCCACCCCUACGAGCUCAUGUCCAAAGUCUGUCACCUGUGUAUGGAACAGCAGAGACUGAGUGACCCUCAGGCAGACAAGAUGAGGAUCAGGAAGUUGGCUCCCAAGAUCCUCCAGCUGCUUCAGGAGUGGACGGAAACUUUCUCCUACGACUUCAGAGACGAGAGGAUGAUGAGGAGCUUGAAGGAGCUGACCCAACGCCUGUCCUCAGGGGACGAGCUGUACAGGAAGGUGGUUCACCAGAUGAUUCAGGUCCUAAUCAGGAAGCUGACUACUCUGAGCCAGUACGAGGAAGCUCUGGUCAAGAUCAAUGCUACGGCUACAGACAGACUGACCGUGCUCAAGGCCAAGCCUCAGGCCAUCCAGAGGGACAUGCUGUCCAUCUGCAAUGACCCCUUCACCAUGGCCCAGCAACUCACUCACAUAGAACUGGAGAGACUGAGCAACAUCGAACCAGAGGAAUUUAUCCAGGCUUUUGAGAAGAAAGACCUUCUGGACAAUGAUAAGAGCUGUUUCAGCGACCAGAAGAAGGCUAGUAGCCUGGAGGCAUAUGUACAGUGGUUCAACAGACUCAGCUUCCUGGUGGCCACAGAGAUCUGCAUGCCCGUAAAGAAGAAGCAGCGAGCGCGAGUCAUGGAGUUCUUCAUCGACGUGGCACGGGAGUGCUUCAACAUCGGCAACUUCAACUCCCUCAUGGCCAUUAUCUCUGGGAUGAACAUGAGUCCUGUGUCUCGACUGAAGAAGACCUGGAGCAAAGUCAAGACGGACAAGUUUGACAUCUUGGAGCACCAAAUGGACCCUUCCGGUAACUUCUACAAUUACAGAACGGCGUUGAGAGGAGCGACACAGAGGUCUAGAACAGCCAACAGCACUAGAGAGAAGAUCGUUAUCCCGUUCUUCAGCCUACUGAUUAAAGAUAUCUACUUCCUAAACGAGGGAUGUUCCAACAGGAUGCAGAAUGGACACGUUAACUUUGAGAAAUUCUGGGAGAUGGCGAAGCGGGUCAGCGAGUUCAUGGUUUGGAAGAAGGUGGAGUGUCCGUUUGAGAAGGACCGUAAAAUCCUCCAGUACUUGCUUACCGCACCAGUUUUCAGCGAGGACACUCUGUAUCUGGCCUCUUAUGAGAGUGAAGGCCCUGAGAACCACAUGGAGAAGGACAGAUGGAAGUCUCUGAGAUCCACUCUGCUAAGUAGAGUCUAGAGCUUCUGAACAGAACCAUGUCGAACCCAUCUGACAACCAAGCCUUACCCUGCGGUGAUGUCCGAAUAACAGUGUCCCUGUUUGGAAGGGAAACAACAAUCUGAACUGUUCAAUUCAGCAAGGCGGGAUCUUUUUCUGUUCCGUCCGCAGUCAAGGAUUUCUAGCUAAGAAUCCCUCCAGUUGAUUGGCUCUUCCUUCACGCUACGUUUCCAAGGACAGCUUUUUAUUUUUUCCAUCUCUUUUGUAUGAAUUUUGUAGCCUUUUAUUAAAGAUGCUACGACCAUCACGACUGAGAAGAGGAG